UGGCAAAAAGUGGAGCCUAUGAGGAAACGAGUGUGUUCAAUCGCUUUACGACUCUCUCUCUCUCCCUCUUCCGUCUCCAAGAGUAAGCGCUCUGUUCUAUCGUUGGCCCCAAGUAGUCUGUGAGGCUUUGAGCACACCAUGGCCCUCGUCGGCGUGCUUGCUUUACAGGGGUCUUUCAACGAACACAUAGCAGCGCUGAGAAGGCUUGGGGUGAAAGGCGUGGAGAUAAGGAAACCAGAGCAGCUUGAAACCGUGGCUUCCCUUAUUAUCCCUGGAGGAGAGAGCACCACCAUGGCUAAGCUCGCUGAGUACCACAAUCUGUUUCCUGCUUUGCGUGAGUUUGUCAAAAUGGGGAAGCCUGUUUGGGGAACCUGUGCAGGGCUUAUCUUCUUAGCAAACAAAGCUACAGGACAGAAAAUAGGAGGACAGGAACUUAUUGGAGGCCUAGAUUGCACUGUCCACAGGAACUUCUUUGGCAGUCAGAUUCGAAGCUUUGAGGCAGAACUUGCAGUACCAGAGCUUGCCGCUAAGGAAGGUGGUCCUGAAGUAUUUCGUGGAGUUUUCAUCCGUGCUCCUGCUAUCCUUGACGUAGGGCCAGAAGUUAAAGUGCUGGCUGAUUAUCUUGUCCCGUCUAAUGAGGCGUUGGAUUCAAAUUCUGCUGUUGAAGCACAAGAGGAGAAUACUGGGUCUGAGAAGAAAGUGAUUGUAGCAGUUAGACAAAGGAAUCUGUUGGCGACUGCCUUCCAUCCUGAACUGACAGCAGACACUCGAUGGCAUAGUUACUUCUUGAAGAUGGCAACUGAAACUGGAGAAGAGGCCUCCAGUAGCAUUGUUGCUGUUGGAGCAGAUCUGAAUCUUGACCAACAACCAAAGAUUGACCUCCCUAUAUUUCAAUAGUGCCAGUGAGAGAACUGAGAUAAGGCGUGUUUCCUGCAUUUUUGAAAUUAUUUACUUUUACCAGUCGGUUUUUUCCUUUACUGAUGUUCAUGUAUGACAUCUGUUAAAGGUUUUUGAUCGUCAACAAGUAUUCUUUCUGGUAAUUGGUUUAGUUUUAAGGCAGAUAACCAGUUCUGCGUUUCAGACUGUAUAUAAAUUAUAUACGAACAAUAUUUUGUUUCUCUAGUCAGAUGUGAAUUACCAUUUUGCAUUUCUCAAGUGUGCUUAAUUGCGAAUGCUUGCUAGU